CCUGUCGCGAGACUCUCUAUCGUCAUUCUGUUGUUCACAUUCGUUUGGGUUAACUGCGUUGAUAUCGAUACCAUCGUCCAUCAAGGAGACAAUAUGCGCGCCCAAUCACAGCUCUUCGGCUUGCUCCUUCUUGCACCAAUCGCUUUGGCGACCAAGAAGCUGAAAAUCCCAGUGGGCCUAUCUUACUUUGGCACGCCUGGUCAGUCCAAACUUCAGCUCGCUUCUGGCGAAUGUGCCACCGGGGAACAAGAAUGUGGCACCGGUUGCAUGCCCAUCGGUAGCGAAUGCUGUAAUGGAGAAGGGUACUGUGAUAGUGGCGACAGUUGCGACAAUGGCGGCUGCUGUCCCGUCGGCGAGACGUGUGAUGGAAGCCCUGACGGCUGCGAUAUUGAGGAGGUGGAGUGUGGUGGCGGUUGUAUUCCAAGCAGUGGAGAGUGUUGCAGUGAUGGAGGCUAUUGUGAGCUUGGAACGUACUGCACUAGUCUAGGUACCUGCUGCGAUAACGGCGACACCUGCGAUGGCAGCACCGACACCUUCUCCUUCAGCGAUACCUUCACUUUCGCCUCAGAAGACGAGACGGUGACGUCGGAACCCACCUUCACCUUCUCGACUGAUGCGCCUGCGACCACGACUACGGACGAUGCUACUACCUCGCUCACUCAAACUGCGGUCACCACCACGCGACAGUCGACACCGACGACAACCAUCUUUCAGCAGUUGGGUGGGCAUUACAGUCCUGAUGCCAACAUGGUGGCGGCGGGCAUUGCCAUGGGGGCUGUCCUGUUGAUAUAAUUGGUGAAAGAUUAGACUUGAGAGCGGUGUCACUUCUGUUUGGUUGGUUGAUAAUCAUCUUGAGCGAGUUUGAUGGAAAGAAAGUAAUGUAACCAGGCGUGUCCUUGCAAUAAUGUCUCUGGCUGCGACCACCAGUGACUCUGGGUCUUGGCCCUGAGGCUGGGCAUGAGUACGGAGAUCGGGAGUGCGGUGUAACAUUGACUUAUUAUGGUGGGCAAUUAGGAAGGUGACGCCUUAGGGGUCUAGACUAGGAGCUAGGAUAUAGAAAUCUCCUAUACAUCCUUGCUCUUCCA